GGCUCGGGCUGUGAGAAGCCUUGGAGCCGCUGAGUGGCGUCCGCGAUGGUCGUCGCUUUGGAACUCUCCGCGCGCUAGAGAAGCGGCAGCUCCGUCGAAGCGCCUGGCUGGACGGGCGGGGAAAAGCGACGCCGCCGCCGCCGGUCCUUCGCUUGGGAGCAGCUCCGCUUCUUCUUCUUCUGCGUCUUCUUCUUCCUUGCCAUGCCGGCUCCGCCGGGCGUUGAGCCGAGCGCCGGAGCGCCGGCGUCGGGGGAGCCGAAGCCUGUGUCGCCCGUGCUCCGGCACCUGGGCUCGUUCGCGGCGCGCGCGCUGCUGUGCCUGGCGCCCGUGUACCUGGCCGGCUACGUGGGGCUCAGCUCCAGCUGGGUGCUCAUCGGCUUGCUGCUGUGGAUGUGGUGGCGGAGGAACCGGCGCGAGAAGCGCUCCCGGCUGCUGGCAGCCUUCGGGCUCGUCGAAGAUGAGAAGCAAGCCAUCAGCCAGGGCAUCGCCUUGCAGCAGCUGCCGGCCUGGGUAAGCGGGCGAGCGGGGGAAGGGGCGCCCUGGGGGCGCUUGGGGGGGACCGCUUUGGAUCCCGUAUGGCAAUCUGGAAAAUCCUGCCCGUCUCCUUCUUUAUCAGCGCUGAGGUUUAUUUGUUUGCGCUGAGGUUUGUCUUACGCAUUUAUAGACUGCUUCAUUUUCAGUUUCCAAACCGGUGAGGAGCUUUUCAGAGGGAAACUGGAACAAUAUUUGAGCCAAAGCAGAUUCCCUUCAGGUUGUCUGUUUUUGAAACAGAGCAGCAGUAAUCACCCUUGUAAUUUAUUGCUUUUUCUGAAUGGUAAUUCUCCAUUCUGGUGGUGUCAUGUUGAAAGAUUGGUCUGAAACUUUGGAGGUAAGUGGUAACUAAGCCAAGAGAUGCCACCCCAGCUUAUUGUCAGUAGGUAAAUAAAUUUUAAAAAUCUGUUAGUAAUUAAUGUGACUUUUUAAUAUCCUUAAGCUACUGCAUUGAGUGCUGCUGUGGUCCAUACUCAGUAGAAAUCGAAGAUUGGAGUGGAAUGUUCUUGUCACUAGGAUCACAACUUUACAGAUCCUUUCCCCAUGAGGCCUUAAAAGCCAAAUGGGUGUCUAGCUUUCAGUAUCUGGUUUUGUAAUGUAUAUUUAAUUGCUGUUAAUAGCCUUUAAAUGUUUUUGAAUGGUUUUUGAUAAUCUUUUGUGGUCACACUGGUUGAUGUUUAAAAGCAUGCUUCUGAAAUGUUGUAGGUCACUUAUAAUGCAAUCCUGUAAACUUCUUCUGAGAAGUAAUCCCUAUUGAAUUCAGUGGGACAUACUUCUGGUUAAUUGUUUGUAGGAUUGCAGCCUCAUAUACUUCUGUGCCGCCUUUUUCAGGCUCCAGGCAGCUUAUGAAAUGGUUAAAACAAAAACUUAUCAGGAAAGAAAACUUAAAACUCAUGGCUGCCACCUGUAGUUGUUUGCGGUUGUUUCCCCUGUGCUUGUUUCUUCUUCUGAUUGGCUGUCCUGAUAGUGAAAAGGUAAUAUGUUGUUGGUUUCCCCGUUUCCAGUCUGUCUCAGCUACCAUGACCAAUGGUCAGGAAUGCAUUUGGAAGGUGCAGAUUCCCCAUCUUCUGAUGAUUUGUAGAGGUUCUCUAAAGAUGUAACUGAGCUUGACAGUGUUAGUUUUAUCACAGCAGUGAGAGGGAAAAUGUUUAUUGACAAGGGGACACACCUGACCUCCGCCUCCCGCCCCCCAGCCUCACCCCCACUUUUAUAUUAAGGUGAAGGUUUUGUACAGCAUCUGAAUAGUCCCAGCCCAACACUUGGAUAACAGGCAGUAUCUUGAAAUGUAUGUGCUUGUGAGGCCACUGACAUUAAUAUGCCAUUAGAUGUAACAGUGAUGGCUAAAAUAACUGUGGUGGUUCAUCUGUUCAGUGAACUGAGAUGAUGGAGAGUUUGGAGUUCAGAUUUAUUGUGCUCUCGUGUGAGGUUAAUAGGUAUUUGUGUGAUAGCUAAGCUUUACUCAGAGUAAACCCAUUGAAACAGAUGAACAUGAUUAAGUUGGGCCUAUUAACUUCAGUGGGCCUAUUCUGGUUAAAACUUAGCUGGAUGCCAUUUUUUGUUUCUGAACCUGCUGCUGUUGUUUUAAAUGUAGAGUUGCAUCAGCUGGGACUGACAGUGAAGGAGAUCAGAGGGGGAACUUAAACCUUGCCUCUCUUGCUGAGGUACUGAGGGAAACCCCUACUCUGAAGCAAGUGUUUGCAUUGUGAGGAAUAGGAUUGCACUGUCAAACUCAUAUCGUGUUCUCUGCUUGAAAUGCAAUUGGCUCUACAAGAGCAGUAACAUGAAGAGGGAAAAGUGCAAUUUGCGACACUUGACCCUGAGGCAAUUUGAUCAUAAGUUUUGAUCAUCUGUUUGCUUCUGUGCUGCUUCCUCACAAAACUGUGCCUAAAGUCAUUCACAGGAUGAACAAGAGCAAGUAUAACAAUAAAAAAAAGGAGGAGGAGCAACUUGAAAUCAAUAUGAUCUCAGUAAAUAAAUAUUUAAAAAUCAGCCCAAAGAGCAUUGUAUAAAACAGUGUAAAUAUGCUAACCUAAUUAAUCCAACAGUUUAAAAUUAAGCAAGAGAAAGAGUGGCAGCAUGCAAAACAGGAGUGGGGGGCUAUUUCCAAAUACAGUGGUACCCCGCAAGACGAACGCCUCGCAAGACGGAAAACCCGCUAGACGAAAGGGUUUUCCGUUUUGGAGGCGCUUCGCAAAGCAAUUUCCUAUGGGCUUGCUUCGCAAGACGACAGCCCAUAGGGAAAUCUCAGGGACAGCGGGGAAGCGCAGCGCGUCUUCCCCAGUCCUCGGACCUCCUCCGAAGCCUGGCGGCGGGGCGGGGACACCUCCUCCCGCCGCCGCCGGGCCGGAGGCUCCUCCGAAGCCGGGCGGGGGAGGGAACACCUGCCGCCGCCGCCCGGCCCGGGCGGUGCUCCGAGCCGGGCGGGGAGGGAACACCUGCCGCCGCCGCCCGGCCCGGGCGGUGCUCCGAGGCCGGGCGGGGGAGGGAAGACCUCCCGCCUCUGCCCGGCCCGGAGCGGUGCUCCGAAGCCGGGCGGUGGGGAGGAAGACCUCCCCUGCCGCCCGGCCCGGAGCGGUGCUCCGAGCCGGGCGGGGGAGGGAACACCUCCCGCCGCCGCCCGGCCCGGACGGUGCUCCGAGCCGGGCGGGGAGGGAAGACCUCCCGCCGCCGCCCGGCCGGACGGUGCUCCGAGCCGGGCGGGGAGGGAAGACCUUCUGAAGGCGGGCGGGGGCGAAGUCUUUGCUCCCCCUGCCUGCCUGUCCCGGAGGGCUUUUGAAGGCGGGGAGCAAAGACUUUCGCCCCCGCCCGCCUUCAGAAGAGGUCCAGGACCUCUUCUGAAGGCUGGCGGGGACAAAGUCUUUGUCCCCCCUGCCUGCCUUCCCAGGGGCUUUUAAAUUGCCCCGGACAGCGGAGAAGUCCUCCGCUGUCCCGGGGUGAUUUUAAAAUGCCGCCCGCCAGCAUUUUAAGAUCGCCCGGACAGCGGAGAAGUCCUCCGCUGUCCCGGGGUUUUAAAAUGCUGGGGGUGGUAAGAAAGCCCUGGCCCCCCCCCCAGCCUUCAGAAGAGGUCCGGGGACAGACUGUCCCCGGACCUGGUCUGAAGGCGGUUUCCCUAGGAACGCAUUAAUUGAUUUUCAAUGCAUUCCUAUGGGAAACCGUGCAUCGCAAGACGAAAAACUCGCAAGACGAAGAGACUUGCGGAACGAAUUAAUUUCGUCUUGCGAGGCACCACUGUACUGUACUAUUCUACAGAAGCUCAACUUGCAUGCAUUAAAUGUAGCCACACCAUUCCCUUGUUGCAGGCUUCUCUUCCAGCUCUCACCCCUGGGUCUCCUCUCAAUUUCCCCCCAGUCUUUUACCUAGGGAGGUAGAUAUUGCUACUCCUCCUUCAAGUCCCAUCUGCACUCAUAGCUUUGAUAUUGUUCACCUCUCUCCACCAAACAUCUCUUUCAAUACUGUCUUCAAGGCACUCAGAAACCACCAGAAGCCGCAUUUGUUUGUUUUGAGCCACAUUCUUGGAGAACCUUGGGAUCACAAGAAAAUCUGUCUUCAGGGCGCCCUUGUGACUCCUAAAUAUUAUAUUAGUGUAUCCUUCUUUAAUCCUUGCGUGGUAUUGUAGCACUGGCAGCUUAUUUAUCUAUGUAUUGCAUCAUUUUUGCAUCCCACCCUUUCUCCAAACAGCUUAAGGUGUGUUCACAUUACCACCUGAGAGAGCAGUGAAGUUGUCCCCCUCCCCGCAUUUCACAGCUCUUCUCUCCCCCCCCAGCUGUUAACAUCAGUAUGGCUUUGAUUAAUUUCUGUUUGUGUACACCAGGGGUACACAGCCUGCAGCCCUCCAGAUGUUUGUUGGACUACACCUCCCAUCAUCCCUGAUCACUGGCUAUGCUGGCUGGGGCUGAUGGGAGUUGUAGUGCAGAAACAUCUAGAUGGCUGCAGGUUGUGCACCUCUGGUGUAGACAGAUGGCUAUUGCUCUGCCUCUUCAGUUGGAGGCAGCAAUACUUAUGAAUACGAGUUGCUGGAAUCCACAGGAGGGGAAAGUGCUCAGAUCUUGCAUAUGGUCUUCCCACAGGCACCUGGUUGGCCACUGUGAAAACAGGAUGAUGGACUAGGAGAGACAUUGGUCUGAUCCAGCAGUCUCUUCUUACGUUCUUAUACAUAGACUGGGGGGCAGCAGAUUGAUGAACAGGGAUGCUUUAUGCAAAGGUGUUCACACCUUGGCUAGAGAUGAAUUAGGAAUGACUGAAGGACUCUAACCUGUGUAAAACAGUUUGAUGUAUCUUAUAAGAAAGGUUACAUAUGCAUUUUGGAGAGUGAACAUGAAUGAAAAACCCAGCACUGGCAACUCUGGGAGUUCACAGUAAAAGAGAAUGUGAACCUGGCCUUCGUCUGUGUUUCAGCCUCUUCCACCCUGGCAAUAUCACUAAUCCUUGACUCCACCUACCUAUUUGCUGCAGCUGUGCCAAUGUUGCAGUCAAUAACACACACACACACACUCCGGCAGAAGCAGGCCUUGGUAUUGUACUCUGGAAUUUCCAAUGUAUUAUCAUGAUGGAUGCCUAAAGUAUCUGAAAUAUUUUCCCAUCCUUGAAUGUUGCUUGUCCAGUUUCUAUUGCUUCAUAGGUUUCUCUUUUACUUCUGUACAACAUAAUGUGCAGAAGGUCAAGAGCAGCUUUUCCUCCUUCACUGGGAAAAAAUAUUUUACGUAGUACAGUGGUACCUCAGGUUAAGUACUUAAUUCGUUCCGGAGGUCUGUACUUAACCUGAAACUGUUCUUAACCUGAAGCACCACUUUAGCUAAUGGGGCCUCCUGCUGCUGCCACGCUGCCGGAGCACGAUUUCUGUUCUCAUCCUGAAGCAAAGUUCUUAACCUGAGGUAAUAUUUCUGGGUUAGCGGAGUCUGUAACCUGAAGCAUAUGUAACCUGAAGCGUAUGUAACCCGAGGUAAAGGUGUUGGCAGUUAUAAAUAAUUGAGAACAUUAUUAGACUUUCAGAAGGAAGUGCUUUAAAGGUAGAUGCCUCUGUGUGAUCAUUUCUGCUUGGAGUUACAUAGGAUACAUUCACCACCACAAGGUCACUGUGAUGAAAGUGUUGGUCUGGGUAGCGUAAACAGCAGAAGGUUGCAUCAGUCGGGCCUGUUUAGAGCUGGGUUUGCCAACGACAAAUGGGCUUUCCCUGUGUGUGAGGUUUUAUUAUGCAUGUUUUUAAGUUUUUACUGCUUUCUUGCAGUGGGAGGGGCCCUCAUUCUUGACAUCAAACUCUUGAACCUGCUGGUUGUCUAGCUAGCUUCAGUCAUUGGGAUGGAAUUCUCAGGAAACUCAUAUUUGAUGCUCCCAUUACUUUGUAUAUAAUAUACUGUCAAAUCCUCAACCUGAAUGGAAUGCCUAUGUGAUGCUCUAGCAAAUGAGUCAAUAGGUGAAACAAUCUAGUUCAGAAGUGGGCCAUCUUCUGCGCCCCACAAGUCAGGGUCAGCCCUGCCACAAGGCAGAGUGAAGCAGUGGUGCAGGGAAUGGACAGUUGUGUGUUUGCCAUGUUGCCUAUCCUACACCAUUCAAGCUAGCUUCCUGUUCUCGGGUACAGUGUGGGACAUUGUCCCAUUGCUAAUGUUAAAACAGGAUUCAGCUGCCACUUCUGGUUUGCUUCAGUACAUGGAUUUGGUGUUGGGGAGUUUUGUUCUUUCCUAUUUUUGACUUGCCCUGCCGUGAGCCAUGCAUUGGGUUGACCUGCAUAUACAAGUGCAAAUCAAAUAUUCAAGUUUUACAAAUCCUAACUGCAAACUGGCCAACAGAGAUGAAUAAAGACCUGGUCAAAGGCAUCCAACUAAUACAGCAGCUUGGCAGGUUAUAAAAGCUAAGGCUGAGAGUAAAAUAAUUGGUACUGCAUGUGAUUUUUUAUUUAUUUCUGCCCAAUAACUUUCGAUUGUUAAAUUAUUGGGUUUAUAAUUCCCAGUACUGAUUCUGCAGGAAGUUUCACCCAGGUCCACCAGUAGAUACUGGCUGUGGAGGUAUCAACAGCCUCCCUAAUAAUACAAACUUCUGCAUGUUUACUCAGAAGUAGGACCUGCAGUAUUCAGUGGUACUUACUCCAAAGUAAGUAUUAGACGGCAGCUUAAGUGUCUCACUUUGAGGGGGAAGGGCAACAUCUUAGAGGCAGAAAUAUUAUUAUUAUUAUUUUAUUAGAGUCAUUAGUUGCUUGAAGUUAAAAGGUCUCCCAACAACUUACACUUGGAACACAUAUACGUACAUAAAUACAACGUAUACCCAAUAUAAAGCAUUAACAUUGCAUACAACAUACAAUACAGAUGUUUUCUGUCUCAGACGGUACCAUUUGAUCUUGCUUCCUGCUAUUGUUCCAGCCCAGUUAUUUGCAUGUUGUGGCAUUUGCUCUUGUGUAACAAAGAGGAAGCUGUUGAGGUGAAAAACAUUUUGUUUUUACUGGACAGCAAUGCUCCACUUUCUAUUUACACCUGUAAAACUGAAGGUCGGCUAUAACAUUCAUAUCACUGGCAAGGAAGAACUUUAGGUUGUAUUCAGUGGUGACUUUGCACAAGGUGGGGUGACUUCAUUUUUGCAGAUUACUGAUACGCAUCCAGGCUCUUCACAAAAGCUGUUUCCAGAGGUUGGAAUACUAUUUGCUCUCAUAAAACAUUUCCACUGACACUUGUAUAUAGGGCAAACUAUUUUAUAAGAGUGUUUUUAAACCACCAAUUCAUUUUUUAAAAAACAACACCAUGGAAGUAUACAACCAAAUAAUUAAAACAUCAUAAAUUUGGAUCCACAUUCAGAACAUUAUUCCCUUAGAGAAACUGAUAUUUUAUCACAAAUAAUCUAAGUAGACAUUAUUCUCUUAGAACAUUGAAGUAAGAUGUAGCUCAGUUGUGUAUUAAAGCUGUAAUAAACUGGUAUUUUGUAGAGAAGAAGAACAGUUUUGAUUAGUAUGAAAAUUGCAGUUCAUAGUGAAUCCUGCAGACAGGCUUGCCAGUUGAGAUCAAUGCCACUUGGUUCCUGUGGUACUGGUCUCCUUUAUUACUAAAUGCCAGCAGCGUUUGAUCUCUAGCACCUGAGAGGCUGCACAUUUUACCAUAUAAGAGUAACACCAAUGUGUUAAUACCAUUUACUGUAGAAGAUGAGGUGAUUUUAAAAUCCUGUGUGUGUUGACCUCUAGAAAAAGCAUAGUAACUGCUUGUGUGUAGAAAAGCAUGCUGGAGGGCUUUUAUGUUUUAAUUUGUAGAUGGCAAGAACUAGACUUAGCUUGAAACCUCCACUCUUAAAAGAAAAGAUGCAAAUUAAUUCAUAAGAAUGAAGCUCUUUUAUAUCAUGUCAGAUCUGUCUAUCAAGCUCAGUAUUGUCUACUGUGAGAGACGGCAGUGUUCCCUAGGCUUAGCUAGAGGUAUUGCCCAUGACGUGAUCAUUUCAACUAUUCAACUAAAAAAAAUAAAAUGCUGGGCUUGUACUUUGGACUUUUGACAUGCAUGGCAUGUGCUCUACCUUUCUAAUAAAACUGUUUGAAUUAAGGUGAGACUUUUCCCAAGUGGAAACCUGUGGAAGCAGAUUGCUGAGGCUGCAAUCCAAUGUGCUAGGGAAAGGGACGCGGGUGGCACUGUGGGUUAAACCACAGAGCCUAGGAUUUGCCGAUCAGAAGGUCGGCGGUUCGAAUCCCCACGACGGGGUGAGCUCCCGUUACUCGGUCCCUGCUCCUGCCAACCUAGCAGUUCAGAAGCGCGUCAAAGUGCAAGUAGAUAAAUAGGUACCACUCCGGCGGGAAGGUAAACAGUGUUUCCAUGCGCUGCUCUGGUUCGCCAGAAGCAGCUUAGUCGUGCUGGCCACAUGACCUUGAAGCUGUAUGCCUGCUCCCUCGGUCAAUAAAGCGAGAUGAGCGCCGCAAACCCAGAGUCAGUCACGACUGGACCUAAUUGUCAGGGGUCUCUUUACCUUUACCUAAGCCCCGUUGACAUCAAUAGGUCUUACCUCUCAGUAGACAGGGUUAAGUUUUUGCUGUGAAUAUUUUGGGACAGCAGUAAUUGUCUUGGAUUCACAUCUAUCUGGGCCAUGAACAGUGUGUAUCUACCAAAUUUUACAUGUCACUAAUGGCUGGUUCAGACAGUGCUACAGAAGCAAAGUUUACAGUAGUGAGAGGAACUUGGAGUGAAGAGAUUCGGUGUCUGAGACGAUCUUCAAAUGGAGAAUUCGUCAUUCUUGGAGCCAGUUCAAAUGUUAAUAAAUAGCAGGCUAUAGCAUAGUCAGACUGAAGGUUCAGGUACAGUGGUACCUUGGUUCUUGAACAUAUUCCAUUCCGGAAGUCCGUUAAACUUCCAAAACUUCCAAGGCACAACUUCUGAUUGGUGCAGGCACCCCGGAAACAAUAGCCAACAGCUGCAGUGGACGUUCAGCUUCCGAAAAACGUUCAAAAACCGGAACACUUAUUUCUGGAUUUUCGGCAUUCGGGAGCCAACAUGUUUGAGUACCAAGGCAUUCGAGAACCAACGUUCCACUGUAUUUUAAUGCUCUACCAGCUUAAACAGCAAUAAUAAUGCAAGGAUUAAACCCUUCUUGUUCUUGACAUAUUAGCCUUCCACAAUCAGGGUAUCUUUUUACCCUGAGGUGUAUUCAAAACACAGUUGUCCCAGCUUGAGUCUGAAGAGGUCCUGUCUAUUCCACAGAGACACAGUGAAUGUUUGUGUUGGCUGAGCUCUAAGAACUGAAUGGUGCAGAAGCAAGUGAAGCCCAGAACAGAACCCCAAGCACCAUAGUCAGGAAAGUUAUGUAAAUUCUACAUCGGUUGGAGUUUUUGUGGAACAAAUAAUCUUGUGAAAACCCCAAAGCUUCUGGUGUAUGAGGGGGUCUGCAGUUUAAGUGAUGCUCUAACUUCCCAUAGUUUGUAGGCAUUGUAGGUCUCGUUUUGAGCUGUGUCCUCUUACUGCAGCAUAGAAAAACUGCCCUGGUCAUGAUGGAGAAUAAUUGGCUUGUCAGGCAGCUAAAAUAGACACGGAUUUCAUCCCCAAGGGAGCUCAAAUUAGCCAAGGCAGAGCAUAACUGGAUGGGUGUGAGAGAGACAGACAUCCAUGCUAUAUAAUUAAAGCACAUGGCUUCCCCCAAGGAAUCAUGGGAACUGUAGUUCGUUAAAGGAGCUGGAAAUUAUAGCUUUUUGAGGAAUAAGUUACAGUUUGCAGGAAAUUGAUGUGCUUGAAAUGUAUGGCAAGGAAAAAAGCAGCCGUUUAGGAUUUGGACUCUGGAGGAUUGGCCUCCUGUUACUGAGAAUUUGAUCCUGCCUGUGUGCUUGUUUCUUUUGACUGUAUUGUCAAGAAUGCCUUAUAUGCUGACUGUUCUGUCUUUUGUAGGCCACUGACUCAAUGAAUUUAAAUUUCCCUGUUGGGAAAGGGGAGCCCAAAGCAGUAUUCUUGAAUGCGUAGCAAUAAGAUUUGCACAAGCUUCCUUGGAAACCCGUUACUAAGUUUGCCAACGCACACACAUCAAUGGACUAUCUCCCACUGAAAAGAACCUCACAAGUUGUUCUGUGCACCAUAGGUUCUCAUCAAUGUCUUUCAUAAUCCCAUUGUCUUUACUUGCACCCUGUCUAUAAUUCUUUUUCUCAAAAAAUGAGCUCACAUCUCACUUUUUUGUUCGUUCUUGCUUGCCAGGUUCACUUCCCUGAUGUUGAACGGGUGGAAUGGCUGAACAAGGUGAGGCACCGAACCAACAUCAAGACAAGUUUGAUCUGGAUAGACUUUAUAUACUCCCUUUAAAGCUAGAUCUAAAACACAGCACAUAAAUGUCCAGUGAAUAAAUAUAUUUGCUCCAGUGAGUGGGUGGGUUAAAUGCUCAUGUUGGGCAUACCACUUUUCAGGCAGUUUACAUAAGAAUUAUCACUGGCCACUGGGCUAUUCUAGUUUUGGACUGCAUUUACUUGAGACCCUCUGUCCUUCUCAUGUGUUUUCAGUGCAAUCCUUGGUGCUGAAUGCGUUUCCUGCUUCUGUUCUAGAAUCCAGGAACGGUUGGUGAAAAGGUGAUGAUGUAUUUGCACACUGCCAGCCUCUUCACCACCUCGCCAUUCCCUCUCUCCUUCCCAGUAAAUGGCAGUGGACUCCACUCCUCACUGAGUGCUCCUGCUAUAAUCUGAUAUUUUAUUUUAUUUUUAAAAGAGGAAACUAGCAAACUCUCUCUCUCUGCUUGCUAUCUUUAGAUACUCAGAACCACAGUACAGACUCCAUUGUAUGAUGCAAAGCUUCUAUUCUUUUUUUCUGCUUUGUGUGGUAUUUAGGUUCUUGAACAGGCCUGGCCAUACUUUGGGAGCAUCAUGGAAAAAACAUUUAAGGAAGUCCUUGAACCAAAAAUCAGAGCAAAGAACGUGCACUUGAAAACAUGUACAUUCACUAAAAUCCAGUUUGGAGACAAGGUAAGGUGACGGCAUUGGCUGUGAAAACCUAAGCUAAUUGAUUUUGGGAUAUGUGGCUCAGGCAGGGGGAGGAAUAGUGCUUAAAACCAAAGUAACUUCCAUAUAACUCUUUGUGAGAGAUUUCCUCCUCUCUUCCUGCACCUCCAUUUAUACUAAGUGUGUGAACUGCUUAGUUUCUGCUCUUUAGCGCUUUAAAAAAUAUCAAGAAGUGUAAACAGCCAGCCUUUGUUAGGACUGUAACAACUUAGUGUCAGUCUAACCAAAAUAUUUGGCUCUGCCUUUAAUUUUCUUUAGCAGCAUUGUUAAAUACCAGAAUUCCUCUUCUCUGGGAGGGAUGUUCAGUUUAGGAUGCCUUGUUGCAUUCUGAUUUAGAAGUUAGCAGGACAGGAUUCAGAGGGCAAGUUGUCUGCUAUAACCAAGUUCGAAGUUCUGUUUCCUCUGGGAUUUAAAUGGGUCUAGUCUGAUAUUUGAACAUUCUUGUUUUCGAAAGCAAUUGGACCUUUUUUCAGUAUGUUGCUCAUCACAGUGGCAGAUAACACAGUUGUGUGUCUUCUCUGCUUUCAGUGCCCUAAAAUCAAAGGAGUAAAGGCCUAUACCAAAGAAGUCGAUAGAAGACAAGUGAUCCUGGACUUGCAAAUAUGGUAGGACAGUAUUGCUCCCCGCCCCCUGCUGCCGCCCUAUAGCUUGUCACUGAGAAUUCUCCGAUCUUACAGUGCAGUGGUCAAGGAAAGUCAAUGAGCUGAUUUGGGCACCUUGAUAGAAUUGCUUUCCAUGAAUCAAUUAUAUCAAUCAAUUAUGUUUUCCAUCCUCCUCCUCCGGGGCCUCAACGAGAAGGACAUACAGUAUGUUGCAACACUGAGAGAUGUUUGAAAAUAGUUUGGGGGAAAUGCUGAGCCCAUUAAGGAAAGUACCUUUAUUAGUAUUUAAUGAAUGCAGAGCCUGUGCUGUCUGUUGCUAUUUCUGCGCUUGCAUAUAGUCCUGUUCCUACGUUGCUAAAAGAGAAAAAGUGCAAUGGGCAGUUACAAGGGUCUCUGCAGCCUGAUUCGCAUGUCAGAUCAUGAUAAACCAAGCUAUGGCUUCUCAGGAGGACUAUGGGAAUGUGUGGGUUCCCAGGGAGGAACUUGCAGUUGUUUUCCUCCUCACCAGUCUUUUUACUCCCAUACCAAGGCAAGGCAAGGUAUGGCUUAGCCUGUCGCCCAAAUCCAGGAUUGUGGUUAAGCUCUCUCCUAACUAACCACAAGCUGUAGCCAGUAUUUAUUCAUGAUGCUGCAGGUGACUGUCUCUCUGGCUGCAUUUAGAACAUGGCAAAUUUUAAAAACAGCAACCUCAAAACUGGUGUGGUUUUGAGAAACGAGAAACACUUGAAGGUAUGUGGAUGGUGCCUGUGAAAGUUCACCAGCGGAGUGUUACACAUAUUCUACAAAACUACAGAAAAGCCAUUUGAUUUUAUAUUUGUUAUGAUGCUGAAUCCUUCUGCCAUCUUGACUUUCUCAAAGUUUCUAGUCCUUAUAGCUAUGAAAAUAGACUUUAAAGAGUGUGCUGAGUGGCAAAAAUACUACUUUGGAUGUCCCCUUGCUCUCCAAGGGCAAAGUAAAAUGAUUUAUCAUGAAUUGUAGAGUUGGAAGGGACCACAAGUGUCAUCUAGUCCAACAUCUUGGAAUGCAAGAAUAUGUUGCCCAACAUGGGACCUGUACCCACAACCCUGAGAUUAAGACUCUCAUGCUCUACCAGCUGAGCUACCCCAACCUACAGUAGUCUCCUAAACCCCAUAAAACUGCAGAUUCCAGAGAAGUUACUUUGGGCAAAGUACUGUGUGGUGCUGGCUUGUUCAAGCCAGUUCUUUAUAUUAGACGUGCUGUUGAGUUGCUUUAGUGGGGAAUGCAUUUGGGUUGUUGUUGUUGUUUUAAUGGAACAGUGUCCUGGACACAACUAUGUGCCCUCUGGGGUAGGGCAUAUCAUUGUGAAAAUGAUUUGUGGGUGUCCUCUCAGAUAGGGCUUGGACAUGCAGGUAGCUUUCCAUUACAAAUAGGCCAGUCUUGCUUGGCUGGUAUCCGCAGUCCUCCUUAUGACUCACAGAGGAUGCUGUGUUGAGGUCACCUAAGGAAGAGUCCCAGCAGAGGGAGGAUCCAAGUGGACAGAAAAACUGGCUCAUCCAGUUGGGCACCUUGGAGAAUGUUGCCUUGCCAUGUGAACUGGGAGCAGCUGUCAAAUCCUUUCUGCGGCUCAAAAGAAAAAGUGGGAGCAGCUGGAAUUCUCUGUUUACACCUGUAAUGUGACAAAUGCUCCACAACUUUCAGCGAGUUUAAAUGUGACCUGCAACAAAGCUAAGCAGGUUAAACAUGGAGAAGAAUUCCCUCCUAUCAAAGUGUUGGUGGUUGGGAAGUUCUAGCUCUGAGCUGAAGUCUUGUGAGGUUUGCUUUUCAAUGUGAAAUUGCUGUUUUGGGGGGAAGGAAAAUAGUCAAGAUUGAGGAGAAAUGAGGACCUACCACAUUUUGCCAUGUUGUUCCCCACAACAGUUCUUUCUGCAACUUGCUGCUUUGGUGCCAUUUUUUCCCCUAUCUUUGAAAGGCUUCUUCGCUGCCUGAUCUCAACCAAUUAGGGAAACACGUGAUGAAUAUGGGAAUUACACAGGACUCUGUAAUGAGGUGUGGUUAUGUGAUGACAUCACUUAGGGCAAGCAAAGACUCCCAUUGCCCUCACUCUGAAUGAGGAAGGGAUAGAGGAACAGGAUCUCUAGUUGUCCAGGUCAGCAGGGAAAUGCACCGUGUCUUCUUGGUAUGCUGCACUCGUGAUUCCAUCCCCUGCUGUAGGGCAAGAUAUUUUUCCUCCCUGGCCUAGCUCUUAUUUGUGCAUAGCUGUACACAACCAGCUGCAGCAGAAUGCGAACACAUGCCCUGCCUCAGCUAGUCCAUUCUGUGCAGCUGAGUUGGGGAGAGAGAGAGCUUUGGCGUGGUGACUUGGGCAAUGCACGCACCUCUUUCCACCCCCUUGCAAAUAGUUUACACCUUUUGCAAAGGGAUUGGGAGAUUUUUUUUAAAAAAAAGAACAUAUGGGUUUUGCAGGUAUGAGACAGCUCACAAAACAUUGCUGUUUUGACUCAACCCUAUUUCCAGAUUUUAUAUUUAGCUUUUGUUAAACGUUGGCAUUACUGCAGUCUUGUCUAUGUGGUUUAGAAAUUCUUUAGAUUAGCAUAGGCAAGUCUGAUUGUGUGGAAUUGACAGUCAUAAGAACAUAAGAUCUCUAGCCCUGCUGAAUCAGGCCAAAGGCACAUCUGAUCCAGCAUUAUGUUCUCACGGUGGCCAAGCAGGUGCCCCAAAGGGGUAGUUAAGGCUGACCUGGUUGAUGCCCGUGACUGCUUUUUACUUAAGUGCAUCAUUGCUGCACAUUACUAGGUGAAUUCAACAUUGAUCAAAGCUGAGUAACAUAAUUGGCAGUACUUCGAGAGUUACACAAGACCGCAUGAUGGUGAUUAUAUGACGACAUAAUUUAUUUCAUGGCUCUUGUCUAUUACUAAUGUAAUCUGAUCAUCGUGGCUCAAAGACAACGGAGGAAACUGAAAAGCCAGUAACAUGCAAGAUAUAAUUGCCUGAUUAGUGCAAUCUGCUUUGGAGGAUGUGAAACACACAGACUGUGAGCAUAAGUGCAGUCUGGGGGGCAGGGGAAUAAUAGUUGCAGCAAUUAACACAAAAGUAUAUUUCACACAUGCCCCUUUGGCAAAACACGAGCAUUUUGUAGGGAGGGUGGGAAUAGUGUAAGGAAAUACUUGUCUUUCAGACUGCUUUGGGCUGGCCACACCCACUUGUCAGCAGUAGUGAAUAGUGUGAUGAGGCAUUGCUCCUCAUCUGACCUCUGGCUGUUCAUGUCACUGCUGCUUCGUGUGUGAUAGAGGAGUGAGAUGGGGUGGAGGUUGCCACAGUGCAAAUGCCCUGGCGGGGGACCACCGGGUUGGCUCCAUCUCACUGCCGCCUCCAGCCUCCCAGUAAGCAGCAACAGUGCAACUGACCCAAGGUUAGGCACAGGAUGGGUAAAGCCACAGUUGAACAAUUGCAAGCAUGAGACUGCAUUCCUGAUUUCUCCCUUUGCAGCCUUGGCUUAUAUCUGACAUGCCGUUUGGGUUUGGUGCCCCAUGGCUUUUGGGCUAGAUAGGUACCACUCGGAUGCUCCUGAUCCCUGCCAAAAAGCAGCACAACUUCCAUUUGGUGCCAAAUUUAUAUGAACUGUGUGCCUGCUUUGGGCUGGGCAGACUCACCUGUUGCUCACCGCCAAGCAGUUGGGACCGUACAUUUCUGAAUGAUCCCUUUGCAGCCAUGGUGGCCUUUGGUGCUUUUGCUGGGAUUGGUUCCACUCCAUGGAGAAGUGGCUGCUACUUGAUCUGGCCUCCUGAUUCUUCUCUGCUCCCCCCGCACUGCCUACCUAAAGGCUUUGCUGUGCAAUCUUCCCCCAAACAGUUAGGCACUAAGGUGCUUGUGAGCUUAGUUCACUUGGGCAUCAAAGCAAUGUUAAAUGGAUGAGUCACUUCAGAUAUGUUAACUGAUAGACUACAAUGCAUGAGCAACCCAUUUUGGAUUUAAUAGCACGUGUCUUGUGCUGUCACAUAGGAAGUAGCUUGGAAAACGGGUAUCCAAUUAAAUAUGUGAAUCAGCAUUGGCUCACUGUCAUACCCCUGUGACAAGCAAGUUGUGCAAGUCUUUUCCUCCUCUGAUCCUGCUGCAUAGCUCUGUUUGGCCCAGCCUUUGCUGCUGCCUCCACUAAGGGAUCUUCUUAGAAUUGUAGAGUUGGAAGGGACCCUGAGGGAUUAUCUAGUCCAACCCCCUGCAAUGCAGGAAUUUACAGCUGUCCCAUACAGGAUUCGAACCCGCAACCAUAGCAUUAUCAGCACCACGCUUUAACCAACUGAACUAUCUGUUGUUCUAAUGGAGUUCAAAAGGUCCGAUUUGUGAGGCAGGAUGACCCAAAAUAUAAUUGGCUUCCUCAAAAGUUGAACUGGAAAUGACACAUCAUAGCUUUAACACCAAGCUGUUAGAUGUUUAAAAGGGAAUGGAAGUUUCCCUAAAAUAUCAGGAUAGAUAUGGAUUGUGUCUAAUCUCAAUGUAAUGAAGCCAGAGUCAAUGGUAAUGUGUACACAGCCUAAAUUUGCCUCCCUCUGGUUUUGGUAAUAGAGCUUUGUAUAUAUACAUUGCUCCUGAAAAUAUUGUGUAUACAAUGUUUUUGUUUAAAAGAUCUAACAUAAAACAUCUCAAACCACAAGGAAGCUAGUCUUUGGCUGAUGGGUGGAUUGGCUGUGCAAAGGUUCUCCCGCUAGAUUUGUUAAAUUGGGCAGGGUGUGUUGAGGGAAAUGUAGCUUAGCCCUUGUUGGCUGUCGCAGCAUGAUGCUGCAUGCUUGAGAAGGGCUCCAUAUUUGUGGGUGAGAGUUGCAGGAGCUGAAUAAGCAUGUUAUCAUCAAAGAACCAGUUUGGUAUGGAGCAGGAUGUGACAUACAUGCUGAAACCUUUGGAAAGAUGCAUAGGGAUGCAGCUCACACAGGGAUGUGCAAGUUUAGAUUAACACUCUGGAGAUUCUGUGACAUGUGAGUUUUGGCUAAACUGAGGUUUGCUUUGGUAUGCCUUUCUGGCUGCUAUAGGAGUCACACAGUAUUUAAUGUGUGCUUUUUAAUUCAGAAGGGACACAUAAAAUUACCUUUAGACCCCAAUUGUGGCUGUGGAGCAAAGGCUGAAAAUGUAAAUGCAGUAGUAUGAUUUCAAGGCAAACUGAACAUAUUUAUUGUCGUCUUUUGUACUUCUGAGUUUAAACCCAGUUACACAGUUUGCAUUACAACUUGGGGCUUCACACAUGACAUUUUUUUCUUGCGCAUGAAAGAAAAAAAAGAAACUUGUGUGUGAACACUCUGCAGAUGUAUGUUUGUCUUUCAUCUGAUGUUUGGAGGCCACAGCACCCCAUGUGAUGAUACCCCAGUUAGAUAUUUGUCUGGCAGCAAGGGACUUAAUCACACUUCUCAGUAGGCGCAGAACAGUUUUCUGAAAUGGUUUCCUGAAGCUCUUUUAAUCAUGAGCAGACACGUUAAAUGCUAUUUUUGAUCAAGUAUUUUAGCCAGCUGGCGAUCGUCUUCAAAGCCUCCCAAAGUUUCAUGUGCAAAUCACUUGUUGCAAUGCCCCUACAAAAAUUAUAGAUUUCUUAAAAUAGUAGUUUUUUGCACUCUUGUUUGCAGUAGUUUUCAGCUAUGGUUCUCUGGAACCUGUGAUUUCCCCCAAAUGUUGCAUCCUCCAGUUCCCAUCAUCCCUGACCGUUGGCUAUGCAGGCUGGAGCUAAUAGAGUCCAAAAACAUCUGGAAGAACACAGGUUCCUCAUCAGUUUCCUUUCCUAAGCAGGUGUUUAAUUCUAAACCUCCUUUCAGUACUGAACAUAAAAUCUGAACAGUUCUGGUACCUCUCAGUUCUAGACUUGUAUAGCUGCAAAUAACUGGAAAAUGAAAAGAAAUUUUGCAGCCUGAUUAUUGUGUGUAUGUCUUUGCGGAUUCGAAUCUCAUCAAAUUCAAUUGGAUUGAACUUGAGAGAUCCGGAGUGUAGGAUAGCUGCGUUUAGUCACUUGCUAACCUUAUAUGUUUCAUAUGUACUAACUGUUCAUCUGAUCUGAAGCUGUGAGACUAGUCUGGUACAAAUAUGUGCUUUGAUCAGUCUCUCUCUAAAGAUGAGAAAAAGAUGCAUGCAAGUCUGUUGCCCCCUAACCAGUGGCAUAAAGCUAAUCUUGAGACCUAUGUUUAUUUAGAUGUGUUUUGCUUUCUUACAAUCCAAACAAUGGGUGGGGGAAGCUAUGGUUUCUAAGAAGCAUAGUAAGAAGUAGUAGCAAAUAUCUGAGAGAUAAAUUGACUUUUCUAAGCAGCUGCCAGCUGCCUAUGACAGGUGAGCAAACUGUAAAACAUAUUUGUUCGGGAACCUUAUAAAAUGUAUUUGCCUGGGGACAUGGCUGGCCCAAGACAUUUUGGCACUUGAGGUGGACCGCAGUAUGGUGUGUCCCCAGGCAAGAAGGAAUGAGUGACGAUCUACAUCUGGAACAAGGCAGGGAUAAAGAUCUACAGUGGGAACAAGGGUGGGAAGAAACCAGCAGCACCUCCUACUUGCCUAGAUGCCACCCCAGUGCAUGCCACAGGGCAGCAGCAGCGGUAAUAAUAUAAUAUUUUAUUUAUUUAUACCCCGCCCAUCUGGCUGGGUUGCCCCAGCCACUCUGGGUGGCUUCCAACACAUAUAAAAAUAAUAAUCAAACAUCAAACAUUAAUAGUAGCCGCAGAAGGUGAUGCAUUCCUUGGAGUUUGGAUCUGCCGCCCCUGCUGAUCCUGCCGCCCAAAGCAGGUGGGCCAGCCCCGCUUGGAAAAUCUUUGUCCCCUUGUUUACAGGGAGCUUGAAACUGGGUUUCCUUCUUGAUUUUGUAAUCAGGUGACUUGCAGCUAAGGAAAGCCGCUUAGGACAAUGAGAAGGGCAUUUGGUAUUCUGUAUUUCAAGGGGCUUUUUCCUUGAAGAUUAGUGACAUGCUAAUUUGAACCCUUUGUCAGUUAUAUAGGUGACUGUGAAAUUCACAUGGAAUUGUCCAAGUUCAAAGCAGGAAUGAAAGGAAUACAGGUAUGUAUAGUUGCACUUUACUUGCAGUUUACUAAAUGGUGUGAGCGGCUGAAAACAUUACACUAAAUGUGGUUUCCUUGCCUUUUGUAGUUGUAUGGGACAUUGCGAGUGAUACUGGAGCCCCUGCUGACAGAUCCACCUUUCAUUGGUGCUGUAACCUUGUUUUUCAUCCAGAAACCUGUAAGUUAUGAAUUCUAGUCUGGAGUUUAUUUCUGCUUUUAAUUUACAUAUUGGUCAGCGUGUCACUUAAAGGAGGUACAAAGUAAAGGUAAUCAGCAGACCUUUUCCAAAUGCUUGUGAGCUUUUUGCUGCACUGUGGAAAAGGUGGCAAUUAAAACAGAGGUGCAAGAUGGGGAAGGGAGGGGAGGGCAUAAUGUACAACCUUAAUCCCAUACACAUUCCUUAGAGGCAAAUGCUAUUGUGUUGAAAGGGGCUUGCCCUUAGUACUAAGUAUGAAUAGGGUGACAGCCUUUGAUCUCCUUCUGCAGGGGUCAUUAAAUCAUUGAGGCUUGUUCUCAUUUUGCUUAGUCUCGGAAAGAUCAUUUCUGGCUCAGUACAUUUUGCUGGCUGAAAUAAAGUUCAAUAGUGCCCCUCUCUCCAGAGAGAAAGGCACUCACUCAGGGUGGUGACUUCGCCCUGCUUCAUGCAGUGGCAUAGCAUGGGUUGCCAGUACCCGGGGCAAGGAAAGUAUUGUGUCCCCUAAGACAAGUAUUGCACCCCCUAACCAGCGCCUCCACUCAGUGCUGCUGCUGUCGUGGAGCAGUGUGCAUGCCUUCUUGGGCUGGGGCGCGCCUCUAAAAAAUUUGCACCCGGGGCAAUCGCCCCAGUAGCUCCCCUACUAUAUACAGUGGUGCCCCGCAAGACGAAUGCCUUGCAAGACGGAAAACCCGCUAGCCGAAAGGGUUUUCCGUUUUUGAGUUGCUUCGCAGGACGAAUUUCCCUAUGGGCUUGCUUCGCAAGACGAAAAUGUCUUGCGAGUCUUGAGAUUUUUUCCCCCCCCCUUUUCUAAGCCGCUAAGCCGCUAAUAGCCUUUUAGCAGCUAAGCCGCUAAGCCUUUAAUAGCUGCUAAACCGCUAAUAGCGCUAAUCCGCUAAGCCGCUAAUAGGGUUGCUUCGCAAGACGAAAAAACCGCUAGACGAAGACACUCGCGGAACGGAUUAAUUUCGUCUUGCGAGGCACCACUGUACCGUAUUUUUCACUCCAUAAGACGCACCUUUUUCCUCUUAAAAUCUAAGGGGAAAUGUCUGUGCGUCUUAUGGAGCGAAUGUGUGGUCCCCCUGGGGCUGGGGGGGUGAACUCGGGCUUCCCUUGCCAGCCCCGAUAAGCUCAGGGAGCAGCGGGAAGGCUGCACACAGCCUUCCCGCUGCUCCCCGACCUGCUCUUUGGGGCUGGAGGUGGCUUUCCCCAAAGAGCAGGUCGGGAGCAGCGGGAAGGCUGCACACAGCCUUCCCACUGCUCCCCGGGGCUGGCGGUGAGGGAAGCUCGGCUUUCCCCACCACAAGCCCCACAAGCGAAAGGAACCCGAGGCUAUCUGGACACCGACCCCUCUCGCUCUCCAGAUAACCGCCUGAAGCCUCCAGAGCACGGCGGGAGCUCCCGCCGCGCUCCGGAGGCUUUGGGAUGCCUUCUGCUGAAGCCUGGAGAGUGAGAGGGUUCGGUGCGCACCGACCCCUCUCGCUCUCCAGGCUUCAAAGAUAGCCGCCUGAAGCCUCCGGAGCACAGCGGGAGCUCCCACUGUGCUCCAGAGGCUUCGGGUUCCUUUCGCUGAAGGGUAGGUGCCCCUUCAGCUAAGGCGCAGCGCCCCUUCAGCUAAGCGGGAGGAGAAAUGGAAGGGGCUCCGUUUCUCCUGCCGCUUCGCUGAAGGGGCGCUGCACAGAGAGGGAGAGAUUUUUUUUUCUUGUUCUCCCCCUCUAAAGCAAGGUACGUCCUAUGGUCGGGUGCGUCCUGUAGAGCGAAAAAUACGGUACUUAUGGCUGCAUGGUAGGGCUGCUUCUAGGAAGAAAGCUUAAAUUCUUCUCUUAGGGCUGUGGUGUUUUCUGUUAGGUAAGAAAAGCAAAAUGCCUUAUGGUACGUAGGUUUCGAAUGAUAAUGCCAUUUCUAAAGAGUUCUGGAAUUUGUUAAUUAUUUAGACCACGUCUGGACAGCAUCUGGAGGGACCACGUCUGGUGAAAGCACAAGUCUGCACUUUUAAGCUCCACGUCUGAGUGCCUUUUAGAGGGGGGUGGGACUGUAGCUUCCCCCAGGAAAGCCCGCUCUUUAACACGGACACAGAGCUUUAAAGCAUGGAUCUGUGCCUAGAAACGCGGCAUAAAAGGAAGGCUGGAUGAGUCCUCAGUAAAUAAUAAUAAUAAUAAUAAUAAUAAUAAUAAUAAAUUUUAUUUAUAACCCACGCUCCCCAGCCAGAGCCAGGCUCAGGGCAGCUAACACCAAUAAAAUCAAAGUAAAAACAUAAUGGGGGGAAAGGAGGGGGAACCCAAUUUAAACCAAUUUAAAAUACAGGUUAACCAGUUCCAGAACUCAUAUUGCUGGCUUUGGAAACUGCAUUGCGAUUUAUUGUGCUGCAAAAUACCACCCUGACUUAGGCAUGCCUAAUGGAGUUGAGAAAGUUGACGCACACUGAACAAAUAUAUGGGAAGGAUCUAGACAGUAUGGCAAGCCUCAAGUUCGUCUCCUUCUCAAGCACAUUGUUGCCCUGAGGCUUCCACGAUGUGUGUGCUAAUUCUUUGCUUGUGGAACUCACAGUAGCAGCCACAAUUUCUUUAUAAUAGGCAUGAGUUAGGGCCGCAUGACUCUCUAAGCCUUCAGUGUUUGUGAGUAAUCUGAACUCAGUCAGAAUUACCACACGGCGCAGCUCUCAUACCUAACUGACAUGCCCACACAUUAGAGACAAAUGGAAUUAAUUUGCUCCUAAUUUGGUCCCUACUGUUUGCCAGUUCUGUAUUCUACAGAUUUCUUUGUUUAUAAGUAAAUACAUACAUGUCUGUUCCUGUGGCUAAACUUGUGGUUUCUCCCUCUCCCUCCCUCUCUCUUUUAAUUCCUAAUAUAGCAUUUGGAAAUCAGUUGGGCAGGACUGACGAACCUCUUAGAUGCUCCAGGCAUUAGGUAAAUGUUCACUUGUUUCCAUCAUCCUAAGGAAAAGGCUUGUAUCUGAAGGAAGGUGAUGUGCCAGAGAUGUCAGAGUCGUGUUGGGACCAAUUCACACAUUACAGUCUCCAAAAUGAAGGCCAUUUAUGACACCCCCUUCUGUAUGGCAGCUGUUCCAUACUAGUGGCUGUAGGUAUGCAGAGUGUCUCUCUGCCCACCACAUGGAAUGCCUCUGUUACUUUUUGACAUCCCAGAAAAUAUAUGAACUCUUCUCAAAUGGUGGGGAAGGAUAAGAAUAUAUUUUGCCACAGUUGCGCUUGUAGGAUUUAUUAGCUUGCUUUGCAACUUUUCUCAGAUUUAAUAUCGUGGGCAUUCAGAUAUUUGACUUUGUAAUGAGAUUUUUUUAAUGACAGUCCACGGCACUAGGUUGGCAAAGCCUACCCUAGAGUUCCUCCAGCAUGAGCCAAUAUGAUUUUCUUUUUUCCUGCUGAAGCCAAAGAAAUCCCAAGCAUGUCAGAUUUAACCAGGACACAUACACCCAUUCCUCUUCUGGGUUAUUUGCGGCAAGACAAUCAACUUUGUAGCUGUGGCUUUGAGCCUGAUAAGUCUGCCUUAAGCACAGCUGCUGUACAAAGCAUUUUUUAAAAUAAUAAUAAUAAAAUAAUAAUAAUAAUAAAAUAAUAAUAAUAAUAAUAAUAAAUGUGUGGUUUUUCCUCUUUCAGUUCAUUUUCAGAUACCUUGAUUCAAGAUCUCAUUGCUGCCCGGUUGGUGUUGCCAAACAGAAUCACCAUCCCACUGAAAAAGAACAUUGACAUUUCUCGCUUGAAGUUCCCUAUUCCAUAUGUGAGUCGUGUCUGAGAAUGGUGUUCUUUAAGUCUUGGCUCAGGGAGUAAGAGCACUCUCUAAACAAGCAUUGUCCUCUAGCUCCUUUGCCCAAGUCGCCUUCAGGCAAGGGACAGAUCGUCCUGCUUUGUUUGCAGGGAGAUGAGACGGUGCUGGCUGUUUAAUGAGCAUUCACUCCAAUUUGUUUGAGGGGGGGGCUACACAAUAUUGCAGCAAUUUCCAUGGUAUUUUCUCUUCCCUUGUCACAAAAGUUGCAAUUCUGGGAGCAAGUUGGGCAUGUUUCGUAAGAACUUCAUAUCGGCUUUAAAUUGUGCAACCUGAAUUUGCUGGUGUGUGCGAUGGAAUCCCUACCGAAAGAGUUGUACUAUACCUCUGGUUUGCAUUUGCUCUUACCCACCACUUGAUUCUUUCCUCAUGGGGAGGUACAAAGAGAGAACAUGGCAGGCUGGGAAUGAGUCUCCAGUAAAAACUCUGGUGGAUUAUUUUAGUAAAAAGCUAACCCUCGUCAAAUUUCAUUAACCAGCUUCCGUAGUGAUAGACAGCAGGCAUGUUUUUUACUGCUGUGUUUAUAGGGUUUUCUUAAUCGUAGCUUUUUAUAAUGUAGGCAUCUAGUGAGGAUUCUAAGUAUAUACGGUAUUUUUUAAUGUUUAUCUGUGUUUUUGUUUUGCUCUCCAAGGGAGUAAUAAGAGUGUACCUACAAGAAGCUGAAAAUCUUGUCCAAAUGGACAAUUUCCUUGGGAAGUCGGACCCGUAUGCUCUUCUGAGGGUUGGUCAGGUGCAAUUCCGAAGCAAGACAGUGCACAGGAACCUGAACCCCAUCUGGAACGAAAUGUUUGAGGUGAUGUUUCUCCUUGAACUCUUACUAGCAAUAAUCUGGAAUGCAGUGCUCUCUCCUUGUUCAGAAUUCUAGACUAGAAUUCUAGACAGAAUUCUAGACAGAAUUCUAGAAGGUAGUUAAAUAAAAUAAAAAAGCCUUACCUUUGGAAGAAGACAGAUCACUACUUAUAUGAGUAAGUAAAAUUGAAGUGGAAUAGAUGGGGAAAGUUCCCUGUGAAAUAUUUCACUACUGGCUCCUUAACCAACAUUUGUUUGCUUGAAUUGUGUAGCAAGGCUUUAAUGAGCAAGGCCCUCGUUAAGCUUCAUCAGGGGUCUAGGCACCAGGUGUGGCCCUCCAAGUCUCUUUACCUGGCCCAUGAGACUCUCCAAAGGCCCCAGCCCCUUAGCCCCCCAUUGCAUCCACUUUUGUGCUUGGCUGGAAUGGGUGUGUGAACUCUGCUAAUGUUUGCCUGAAUGGAGACUAUAAAGGUGAGUGAGUGAGUGGGUGCAGAAAUUUGCCUCCCCUACAAAGAUAAUUUACACUCACCACUCUGCCCGUUUUUGCCUAUGGCACAUUGCCCUAAGAAGAUUGUCCAAAAGAGAAGGCGACCAUCAAGCUAAAAAUGGCUCCCCAUUCCUGAGUUACAAGAUGGGAAAUCAUGUACCUUUCUGAUUUUAACUGAGCAUCAUGAAAGGGCACGGAGGCAUUUCGGCAUCUUCCCCACUUCUGCUGGAUUGUGCUUGGUAAACAGGAAAGUUCGCUUUCUGCAAGCUUCAGAAUAAUAGGAAGGCUUGCAACUGCAUUUCGAGAAAAAUAGCUGUACAAUAUUCUGUUACUUUAACACACACUCUCUCUCCCCCUACAGUUUGUUGUUCAUGAGAUACCUGGUCAGGAUUUAGAGGUAGACCUGUAUGAUGAAGAUCCCGAUAAAGAUGACUUUCUGGGCAGGUGAUGGAUAUAAAUUUUCCUCUUUCAUCUGUGCAACCUUCUGCUUUAUCUCUUUCUGCCCCUCCUGCAGCAAAAGUGUGAUUAGUAUUAAAAGAAAAGUGCCAGGGUACAACCCUCCAUGGGCUAUACCAUUUCUGAAUUCAGGUGGGGAAACUGCAGAUUGCAAUACUUUCCUGCUUCAAAAGCAUUCUGCCAUCAACGGCUAGAGGAUAGAGAAUAGUUAAAUUCCUCCCCCUGACAUGCUGGUUUGUUAUAUAUGUGUGUGUGUGUGUGUGUGUGUGUGUGUGUGUGUGUGUAAAAGUGCAAGGGAAAGCAUUCUGACAUACAUUUGCUCUAUCUGCAUUCUGCAGUGGUAUAGUCUCAGUACAGUUAUACCUUUUCCUUUUUAAACACAUUGGUAAGUUUAAAAGUAAUAUUUCAUUCCUAGACAGGAGUAGCUUGGCAAACUACACUGAACAAUUGCAAAGCCCUCUACAUGGGGCUACCCUUGAGGUUGUUUCAGAAAUUGCUACUUGUGUAGAAUGCUGCAGCCUGGCACCUGCAAAAUGCAUACUUUUCAAUUCCCAGUAAAUACGCAUUUUAACUAUAAAAUAUGUAUAUUUGUGUGUACUUUUUGGAGUACACUCAAAACUACAUUGCAAAAUUCAGAGAAGUGCAUGAUUUCGUCAGGUGCUGUGUUUGAAUCCACAAGCAAGUUCAGGACUGUCAAGAUGCUUCAUAAAGCAGUCCAAACAAAUUCCUCCUCCAUCCCUACCUGAGACAAGGAACUGUUCAUUGUCUGAGCCAGUUCUAAUUCCUAUGGAUUGGGGAUGCAUGGACCUACCAAUUUAUAUAACAAGCAACUAUCUCAGUUCUUGUUUGAUUUAAGGAGCACCCUCAAACCUUGCUGUUUCUGACUUCACCUUAAGGGCUGCAAAGCUUCCUGGUGAACAAUAGAUGAUUAGAAUCUGUAAGAGCCACUGGACAUUUCUAAGGCAAUGUAGCCACACAGUUGGAGAUGGUGGGGAGGAGGCUAAAUAUUCCAUGAUACUAAAGGGAUUGUUUUUCUGUACCUCUGUUCUGUGUGCCUCUGUACUACAUUAGAACAGAGGAUUCUUUUGAUCAAAAAGCACAACCCAUUCAUAAUUGAUGCAGGUGAGGAGAUGUAAACACCAGGAACAUCAAUACAUGUUCUGUUUAUAACUCAUAGAAGCAAGGAAAGAUACUGCAGUCCCUAAACAUCUUAUUCUUCUUCUGUCUUUUUACAGCCUGCUUAUAAACCUUGCAGAUGUGAUGAAAGACAGAGUUGUUGAUGAGGUAAAAUGUGUUCUCACGUUAACUCUUCAUUUUAUAAUGUUUCUUGAAAGUGUGCAGAUUUUGCGAUAGGCUUUGAAGUUUUACGAAAUUUUAAUGAUCCAUAGGGAUGAUUUAAAUCACUUGAGUUCUCACGACUAUCAUCGAAUAUCUUAAGUGUUUGAACAAAACAGCUGAUGGAAGAUUACAAAAGCUACAAAGAGUAGAUCAACAAAUAGGGUCUGACAUAAGCUUUCUUGGGCGAGAACCUAUUUCAUUAGAUGCCUAUAACUCUCUGUGUGUAUGCACACACAUGUGCAAGUUGGGGGUAGGAACUGUUUUGCAAUACAACUUUAAAUUAGGGUAAAAAUACUGAAAUCAUAGCCCAAAUACUGCUAGCUGUAGGAUGAAGUCAUUUGAAGACUUAUAAUCUUGAGGCUCUUUUGACCUGAGAGCAAUUUGCUGAUGUGUAAAAGGCAGGCAAGGAACACACGGUUGUUGUCCUGCAGUACCAAAGGACCAUGACAGAAAAGGUUAAAGCUGCAGGUGCUUGUCAAUUAAUCGGGAGAAUUAAGUACCCUAUGUAUUUUCAAGCUGGGCCUCUUUAUUGGAGCAGAGUCUGUUAUGGACCUCACCAUUCUGGCAAUAAAAAUGCAGUUUAAGCACAUCAGGGUUUUAAAGUGUACCUUGGAUAGACUCAGCCCCAUAAAGCACUAAAGAUAAAUGGCUGGUUCUGCCACUUCAGUUCCCCUUGGUGCACAAUUCAUGACACAUUUGCAGGUUAAUGUGCAUUUAUGACACUGAUGUGCUUUUUCUUUCUUUACAAAGUGGUUCCCCUUAAGCAAGAUUGCAAGUGGACAUGUGCAUUUAAAGGUUGAGUGGUUUUCUCUGGUCACCAAUCAAGAGAAACUUUGCGAGGUGAGUUUUUCUGAGAGAUCGGAGUUGGCUGAAGUGAGAUACUUGCCGCAAGUUGAUUGAAAAGAUCCAAGUUCCAUUCUGUGCCUGUGUGUACUUUGCUAGCUACAUAAUUCAACCAUUUCUUGUGGUGGCUGCAUUUAAAGCCCUUCCUUAGCUAAGGGCUAAGGAAGCCCUGUGCAUGGACUGGACAGUCAAUCAAUGGCAUGGACAUUUUGGAAGUGGCUCAUUGUUUAGGGCAAGGCUGCAGCUUGUGGUCAACCCAUUUUAGUAUUUGCAUCCAGAUUGUUCCCCUGCCCAGCCACAUGGCAGAUGAAUAGUAACAGUAACAGUAACUCUGUUCGCAAGACCAGCUUUGCAUGUGAGGAUAUCAAAAAAGCUCUUGUCUUAUUUUGGAUUUCAUUUCCCUCCCACAGGACAAGAAUGGUUUUGCCACAGCAAUUCUCAUUGUGUAUUUGGACAGGGCUUUCAAUCUUCCUGUGAGUAAACUGAUGGAACAACACUUUCAAACUGACCAGCUGCACACAAUGCAAUUGCUAGUGUCUGCAUGCUCAUGAUGCAGUGGCAGAGAUGGAGGACCUGUGGUUGGGUACCAAUUGUCAUUUGGCCCAGGGAUGGUUGGAGUUGCUGUUCAACAACACCUGGGCAGCCACAGUUUCCCCUUUCUGGUGUGCACCGAAUGCUGCUGCUUUGGUGCCAAGCAUCCCAGUUUAGCUGAGAUAAUAAUUGUGUUAUCUGGAAACUAGAAUCCACAACUUUGCUAAUGCCUUCCAGGUUCUGAAAACUUCUGUUUCAGAAAGGAGGUGAUUGACGAGUAUAUACAUCUGUGACUUCCAAAUGUGAACUGAUGGGUUUUUAAAAAUAAAAGCGGCAGUUGAGAUUUCAAACAACAAAAUGAAUAAGACCAAGCAUUCUGCGAAGGCUCCAUGAGGGAGGGAUUCACCUGUUUAGGGGAUGGAGUGAGGGAAAGAAAGUUCAGAAUUUAGCUGGCUGAAAAGUCUUCCCUCCCUAGAAUGGAACGAUUUGUCAGCUUCAGUUCUUUCAGUUUCACCUUUUUACAGUCUUAAAUUCAGUUCUCCACACUUCUGCAGAAGUUUGUGAUUUAAAAAAAAAAUCACGAAAAUUCAUAAGCAUUUCAAUGCAAAUUUCCCCUAAUAAUAUGCCUUAUGCAUUUUCACUAAUAAAUUCAUUUUAUGCACCAUUUUACCCGAUGUGUUAUGUUGGCAAACAUCGUUUGGUAGGAAAACUGCACCUCAAAAUUCCAAGGAGUGCAACUUUCGAAGGCUAGCUGCAUUUCAGUUCUCACGUUGUUUCAGAAAAUGCAAAUUUGAAAGUUUCACCUUUAAAUGCAAACUGAAUUGAAUUCCUUGUCUGUUGCUAGAUUUGAGAUUAAGCCCUUGUUCACAAUUAUGUAUGCUGCUAAUCUACUUUCAGUAAAAUUAGCUUCUGACCCAUGUUAGCCUUAGAACUGAAAACAAAGCAAAAACAGCCUUUGUUUUUGAGAAGGAAGCAAGGACUUCUUUUCCUGCUAGGUGAUUUGCUAUUUUCUGGGAUUCCCUUUGCUGGCAGCAAUAUCCUGUUCUUUUCUUCUUUCGUGUCCAUAGCCUAAUCCUACACUACUUCUGUUUGUUACAGGGAUCUAUACCCUGCCUGUCAAUCAGAUUUCAAGGGUGUCUUCCAAAAUCAGAAAACAUAAUAAAAACAAGCAUGUAUAUUCUUUAAAACACAGUAGAAUAAUAAGAGCAGCAUAAAACCUAACAGCCAGGAUAAAAACAGACCAACUUUGAUGGAAGGCUUUAGAAGGAAAAUAUCCUUGGUGCUGAAAUGACAUCAAGGUUGACCCUUGGUGAGCCUACCUGGGGCAAGCGAUCAACUGCUGCUGUACGACACCUAACUGUUGUUUUUGUAUUCCUUCCUAAAUAUCUUCCCUAAUACAGAAAAAUCAGUUUGAAUAUUACAAUGGUGACUGUGGAGCAAAGAAAUAUAGAAAAGACAGAUACAUCAAGGUAAAUGCUUCAGAGUCCCCUGUGUCUCAAAAGGGGCACACGCGCUGAACCAGCCUACUGAAUGGAUGCCAUGGCUAAAACCCUAAAAUAUGUUGCAUCUAUGGGGUUAAUGUUUGUUUCUCAAUGGUAUGUCAGUGUCCCAUACCACAAGGAAGAACAGAGACACUGUAGUUGAUGGUGCAGGUGAGGCUAAACUGGUGAGCAGUAUGUAGGAGGAAUGUUUAAACCCAGAUUAGGCAAUGCACAAGACAUUCAUAGCACUUACCUAUGAUCAAUGGAUCCCAGUAAAAUACAUGGGUGGUCUCUGCUUCAAUGCAUUCAAAAACAUGUUUCUAGCCCUUGUGGUGCUACAAGAGCAAGUUUUUAUUUCAAAAACUUAGCCAUUGUUAUUUUUGGACCAGCCCUGAUCCAAUAGUUAUUGGUUAUUCCUAUUAUUAGUUUCCCCAGCUACUGGAACACCUCUAGCAAGAACAUAAUUGUCUAGUCAUAAAUGGUGCUGCAUCUGUCAUUGUAAUGCAAACUUGAGUUGUGUUUGACAUAUUUGGCAACUUGGUUGUAGCCUUCUGAUUUAUACUUGCCGUGUGGCUGUUUUGUGCUUCAGCUAUAAUGGAUGAACUCGACAGUCUUGCAUUGCAAGAGCAGCAGCAGCAAUUGCUGCUGACCCCUGUGAGGUUAUCUUUACCAUAUAAUGCCCAAAUUCUAGCUCCAAACAUGUAUGGCUUAAUUCCACUCAGCGAAAUAAAUGCAGGGUAUAACACUGUAUUGCAUUGCAUUUUGUGGAGAAUGUACUGGGGAAACCCAGCCAGAUGGGCGGGGUAUAAAUAAUAAAUUAUUAUUAAUAAUUAUUACUGUUUUAAUGAUUAAAGUUCUGCUCAGAACAGGGUUCCUGUCCCUUCCUAGAUCUUGCAGAACUCCCAAUGUUUAAUAGCUAACAUCAGCCUCCCUGUUCAAUCCACCUCCUUGUCUUUUGGAAUUCAUGAUGCUAUUGACACUGUCUUUUCUUUCAAAAAUUUAAAUAAUAAAGAAGAUGGAACGUGAACCUUCUUCCUUUGUCCUACUCACAGUGGGCAACAAAACUCAUAGAAGCAAGGUAAGGGGUGUAAGAAUUACUGGUUUUUUGUUUUUAAAAACUUGAAUGGACAGUUGUCUUCAUGGGGCAUGUGUGGUUUUCCAGUAGCAUAUAUCUUGGAUACAAGUGUACCUUCUUGGAUAAUUAAAAAGCAACACUUUGGUGUUUUGUAGGUGCUGCCCCAAUGAAAUAUCUGUGGUGUGAUGUCCUGUCCCCACUUACUGGGUGGAAGUGACCGCAUUGCUUGGGCUGGUGGGAAUAGUUACAUAGCUGUGUUGUAAAUAUUUAUUUUGUAUGUGGUAGGGUGGGCCCUCUUUUAAGAGCAUACAGCCAACAUGAAGGGGUUUUUUUUUGUUUUUUUAACAAAGAGACAUUCUGACUAAAAAAUAAAUAAAUAGCUAAGAUUCUUGAAAUGACAAGAGUCAUAUUUUGGAACUAAAAUUAGCACACUGAGCUACUUUUGCAUCCACCAGUAACUUUUUACGGGAAUCUUUUUAGAUGAUCGGACCAAAAGGCCAACCAGGUGGCUCUGAGAAUCCCAUAGCAGAGUUUGAACAAUAACAGUGUUGGUCAAAAUAGCCAAACCUGUGGUGUUUGUGCUGUUAUAUUCUAUAACUGUCGCCACUGAGUUGCUACCUUUGGGCAGGGUUUUGCUUUCUCAGGAACAAAAUAGAGCACACAGAGUCUGGGGAAGGUUUGAGAUCCCCCUUGAGUAAGGUGAAGGCAACUGGACUGUAACAAAUGAGGGGCAAUUUGUCUGUUUUUGUUGCAUUAAAAACUGCUAGUAUGGAAAAGUCUUGAAUAUAAUGCAUUGUGUCGUAUUAAUAUAGUUGGGCACUCUGAUUACAAAAUGGAUGCUACACCCCUUCCCAAAAAUUCAUUUCUUAAGUGUACGUCUGCUCCAGCUGUUUUUCUUGGGCUAUGUCCUGAGAGCCAGUGAUGCAACUGAGUGCUAAUGAAUACAUCCUUAGUGAGGCACUUGGUUUUCCCACAGUGUUCCUGCGCAUUAAGAAUAAUUGCCUGUGGUAAGCUUGUAGCUUGACAUGACCACAGCAAUCUUCCUCUUUACUCAUGAGGAAGCCUGCUAGCACACAGGUACUUUGGCUUGCCGCUUCAACCUAGCUAACUGAAGCCACUGGCAAUGAAUCUGUUGGAGAGGGAGGAGUCUGGGCUGUUCUUUCAAGCCUUGAGCUCUUCUUCGUAGCUGCUUCUACUGUGGUCAAUUAUUGUGCCCUAAGCAGGCGGUGGAAGGGAAUACUUUCUCUUGUUCCAUGUUGAGCUCCAGCUUUAAUUGAUCUAGGCCGACUGGAUCGGCUGCUAGCCUAUUUAUGGUGUGGUUUUCAAAACCUGCUGCAACAAGCAGCAGAGAACUCCCUUUCCAUACAGGUGGAAACUGUGCCUACUUCUAUAGAGUUUCGGAUACAAUCAAUUAUAACUCAGCUGGCAUAUUUCAGCAUUAACAUUCAUCAGAUCGUGUGGGGAGUCACGGGUGGGGGGGAGUCUACAGGGCACCUAACUGGUUCUGUGUGUUUAUUUGUCUGACUUAAAGAAAGUGAACUGGGUAAGAGGCUUUUUAAGGGUUGGGUUUUGUCCCUUUUGGGUAAGAUGGUAGUGCUUAAGACAGGGAAAACCUAUACAUCCCUGAAAACAUGUUCUGUUGAAGUCAGUGGAACUGUCUUCUGAAUUGGUAUACUGUCCUGUAAAACCUCCUGCUCUUCAGUUUCUAGCAGAGUAAAACUAUGCACGGCUGCUUGGGAGUAUGUCCUAUUCAAUGGGGCCUUCUCUCAGCUAGGUUGGGAAUAAUUGUUGGUCAAGUGUUCUGUAGCUAAUGUGUGGAUGUCGUUCUUUCUCUCUUACCCUUCAGACCUGUAAUUUCACCAAGGAUCCUGCGUGGGGCCAGGCCUUCACAUUCUUCGUCCACAGUGCUCCAUCGCAGUCUCUUCAUCUGGAGGUCAGUUGGCCCUCUCUUGCUUUAUGAGCAUGUGGCACAACAUGAGCUCAUGCUUAAUGGGUCUUUGACCAUAUAAUAAUAAUUGGCACGGGUUUCUUCUCUGUAUACACGUGCUCUUGUGUAUAUAAGCUCCUGUUGCUGCUUUGCAAAGGGACUUCAAAGAAGUGGUCAUUAUUUUUACUGAGAAAGGGACAACUGGGUUUUGAGGGAAGGAGGGACCAUAUUUAUUUAUUUUUGUAGAUGCAGUCAAGAUAUUAUUCAGCCUUCCUUUGGGGACUUCAGAUUCAAUGAUAUGAUGCUCGUGUAUUAUUAUGACUUGUUGCUUGUUACCUAAAUAAAGAUAAAGGUAAAGGGACUCCUGACCAUUAGGUCCAGUCGUGACCGACUCUGGCUUGCAGUGCUCAUCUUGCUUUAUUGGCCGAGGGAGCUGGCGUACAGCUUCCGGGUCAUGUGGCCAGAAUAACUAAGCUGCUUCUGGUGAACCAGAGCAGCGCACGGAAACGCCGUUUACCUUCCCACCGGAGCGGUACCUAUUUAUCUACUUGCACUCUGACGUGCUUUCGAACUGCUAGGUUGGCAGGAGCAGGGACCAAGCAAUAGGAGCUCACCCUGUUGCGAGGAUUCGAACCGCUGACCUUCUGAUCAGCAAGUCCUAGGCUCUGUGGUUUAACCCACAGCGCCACCAGCGUCCCUGUUACCUUAAUACAUUAUACAAUUAAAGACCAUGUAAAAACAUUAAUAUUUCAUGCAAACACCUACAGUUCAUACAUGUAACAAACACACACAACCCUCACCCACAAAACAGCCACAGGAGGCUUCAAGUGGCCCUUUGGGGUAAAUUUUGACUCUUCAGCUGCCUCAAUAUCGGCACAUUUCUCCCUUCCCCCAAUAUAGCCUAUUUUUUGGUAUCAGAUGCCGCCCUCCACCAUCCAAUAAACUUCUGGCGGGGAAUGGGGGAGAGGAGAAAAAUGUGAACAUUUCCUACAAAUACCUUAAACAUCCCAGUUGGGGGGGGGGAGUUUAGUAAAAAGUUUGUGAUGAAUCUAGAUCAGCGUUUCCCAAACCUUGGGUCCCCAGCUGCUCCCACCAUCCUCCCACCAUCCUCCCACCAUCCUCGACCACUGGUACUGCUAGCUAGCGAUGGUGGGAGUUCGAGUCCAAAAACAGCUGGAGACUAAGUUUGGGAAACGCUGAUCUAGUGAUUUUUUUUUUUUUUAAAUGCCUUCUUGUUCAAUGGUUAAUCACUGCUGAGCCACAGCAAUGGUGCUACAAAUGAUUUAACAACGUAAGAAGAAUGCUGCUGAAUCGGGUCAGUGGCCCACCCAGUCCAGGUUCCUCUUCUCUCAGACCAAUCAGAUGCUUGUGGGAAACCGGCAAGCAGGACCCAAGCAUAAGAGCACCCUCUCCCUUCCUGCAGUUUUCAACAACUGGUAAAAGGAUUAAAACAUUGCUGGAACUAACUCAUCAUACCAAUCAUAACUCACCAUACUGUCUUGUUUGCUUCCGCCCCCUCUAGAUAAAAGAUAAGGACCGGGAGAAUGCCCUGGGGACCUUUGUGUUAUCUCUUGGCAACUUACUAAAAAAUCCUGAUAUGACACUUGAACAGAACUUUCAACUGGAUCAUUCUGGUGUGGACAGCUCUAUUAAGCUGAAAGUUGUGUUGAGGGUAAGUUUAAGGUUCUGCAUCUUUCUUCCUCCUCCUCGCUUCUCUGUUGUAUCUCUUCCUGUAGGAACUUGUUGUGCUUUCCUGAAACUAAUUAAUUUUCUGCAGUGGCUGUCAGGAAUCUCUCUGUUUACAUCCUAAGAUACAUUGCUUCAGACUUCAAAAACAGGUGAUUAAUUGACAUGGGGCACAAUGAGUUCUGUCUUGUAGAACUAUACUGAAACCAAACUUACUUCAUGUAUAGAUUUGUGCUCCGUGCCAAAUUGAUAUGAAUUCAAAUCCAUCAGAAGUACAGAAGUACAACAAGCUCUUGAUCUCUACAUCGGAUGAAUCUAUUAAAUUAUGUGGGUGGAAUAUUUGGGAGGCAUACCUAGAAGGGGGCAUGUUAGAAGCCCCUUCAUGGGUCCUGUGGGAAACUUCCUUCUUGAAACCCCGCUUCCCCUCAAAGAGGUAAUUGGGUAGGUCUUGGGUGUCCAUAUUGAUAUGCAAGCAAUAGUCCUGGAUAAGCAGGCUGGUUUUCAAUUCUUGUUUUUAUCUUUAAACCACCUUGAGUUCUGCUGAGGGAAAAGGUGGGGUGCAAAUAAAUAAAUAAAUAAAUAAAUAAAUAAAUCUGCUACAUUUGAAAACCAGUUAAAACAAGUAACUUGAUUAAAAUGCUGAAUAUUUAUCAGAUUGUGGGAUUAUGGGUUAGUUUACCCAUCACAGAGUUACAGUUCCCAGUCACCCUUAACAAACUACAGUGCCCAGAAUUCUUUGAGGGAAAGAACGUUCUUUAAAGGUAUAGUGUGUAAGCAGCCUCAGACCAGUCCUCACUAGUCUCUGUGCUGCCCUUGUAGAAUUCAGCAAGGAAGAAGAUGGGGGCAAGGCUAGAAUUAGUUGUCUCUGCUUGCCAUUGGCUCUGGCUACUAUUCGGCUUCCUGCCCUGUCAGUCCCAAAGGACACUAGCCACCACUGCCAAGGUCAAGCGUAUCAUGGGUACCACAUGCCUGGCUUAAAUUUAUUAUUUCCAAAGGCCAAAUAAUAAUAAUAGGAGGUGGGGAAUAAUAUUGUGGCCAAUGCAAAAUAAAAGCCUAAAAAGCUGCUUGGUUAGGAGUGGCUGGAGCAUUUCAGUAAAAAGCAUGAUAAUGUCUUACCUUGAAUUCAACCACAGUUAGUACUUACCUACUUUGUUUUCCAUGUUCUACAAAUGGGAUACGAGGAUUUCCAAAAGCACCCAGGUGGUUUAGAACAGAGUUCCCUUCAAUUUUCAAAAUAAUGACCUCAAGCACAUGCCGUGCUCUGAUGCAGAUGGAUGCUUUGUAUUCUUCCCCAAGACAGAUCAGCAACUGGGGAAUUGACUUGAAAGCCAACAGCACUUAAACACCUGCGGUCCAAUUGUGUAUCUGUUUUAACUGCACACACUCAGUGGUGUUAAGGAAAUGUUUAAAAUGUUCUCUCCUUCGUACCUAACAAGAGAAUAUUUGCUGUUCCUACGUAUUUUACGGUUAGGGUCAUGCCCCUAGUUUUCCUGAUUUCUAGGCUCAUUCCAGAGGGCAAGCUCCUCCUCCUUGUCUCAUGCAACUAAUAGAGAGAGAAAAGUGUAUAUAUGUGCAUGAGAGAGAGAACUUUUCCCACUGUGAAUUUGGAGCACUUUAGAAGUAUCCUUUGUUAGUGGAAGACAAAACUACUUCCUUUUUUAAUUUUUAAUUUAUUUAUUUGGUUUUUCAGAUUAAAAAUUUACAGUCACAUAUCCAACAUACAACAUAAAAACAAGAUUCCAAGGAAUCUCUUGGACUUCCCUCCUCCCCUUUGUGGGUCCUGUUCUUAAUCAUUUCCUCCUGCAUCUUUUAUGAUAAUUCAAAUCUUUUACCUCUCCAUUGUGUCCAAAAUUCACCAUUAAACUACAAGAGAUAUUCCAAUCCUACCAACGAUUUUAACUGUUUACAAUGGUUUUUAAGAUAAGUUAUAAAUUUUCCCCAUUCCUUAUUAAAAUUUGGUCUUCCCGAUUUCUGAUUCUUCUGGCCAUUUUAGCCAUUUGGGCAUAAUCCAUCAACUUGAUCUGAGGAUAAAGUCCCUACCAGAGAAGAACGGCAGAUCAAGUUGACAAAACUCUACUUCCUUGUCCAGUGCCUCUUAAUGUUGGGUAUGACUAUGUUGUUUACUCUUUCUUUUCCCCCAUUUUCUUUUCAGGCUUUGGACAUACAGCAGCAUGAUCCAGAGAGUACCUAUACUGGGGUUAAUGCCUCAAAGCAAGUUCCCAUCCCUGCCACUGAGCAGGAUGAACCCAAAGGCAAGACACAUUUGCCACCUCCUCCGCCUCCGCCUCCUCCUCCUCCACCAUCACCAAAAGUAGAAGUGCCCAAAGCACCUCAGGAGAGUAGCAGCGACUUAGGCCUGUCUGACCCCCAAGGUGACCGACGCGAGAGCAAUGCUAACCUUAAUGUAAAUGAGAAAUUGGCAGGGCCUAUUGUGAUAGAGGCAGUGGCUGGAAUUAAUGAGCAAGCCGGCACAGGCGGCUUGCGCCCCAAAUCCUUGACACCUGCGCAGACCAUCCCAUCACGCCGUAUGCUGCCAGCCCUGCAGAGACUCCAGGUUGCCCCCAGCAUUGCAUCUCUGGGCUCAAUAUCUGCUUCAAACUUUGAUGUAACUUGCAGCAAUCUGGAUCUCAAUAAGUAAGUCUGCCUUGGUGUGAAUUUUUGCCUAAACUGAGCAUGAGCUGUACACUUGUUUCUGCACACAUUUGGAAAAUAAAAGACAUGCUUGCAGAUGCUAAUCUUCUAAGCUAGCAUUACUGUGGCUAUUUCCUGUUGUUCAUGGUAUUGAGAAAGGGGUAAGAGGAACUCCUUAAGGCAGGUUAGUUUAUUUUUAGAGGGUGGUGUUUCUUUGUUUUGAGACUUGCAUUACCUUCAAGGUACAUAAGUGUUCCUGUGUAGGAUUCUCUAAGCAUGUUCCAAGAUAAAGAUGUGUUUGUGACACCGGGGUGCCUCAUGCAAAACUUUUGCAGCACCCACACAACAUUGUCAGAAUGCCAGCCCAUUCCCAGGAAAAUCCAGGAAGUUAAAGAAAUAACAAAAACAAAAACUUGUCUCCAAUGACCUGUCUUCAAUACUUCAGUGACCUAAUUAGAAUUCCCUCUGGAAUCACCCAAAAUCUGUGGGGGGCUUUUAUUUCUCAGGAUAUGCAUUUAGAUCAGAGCAACACAACAUGUGUUAUAAGUUCAGUGAAGUGCAGCAGGAAAGGAAGGGAUGCACUUCCACUUGUCUCACCACUUUCCCUGGGAGAAACCAACUCUUUCCUGCAGAAUUGGAUUAAACAUCAGUUGGGUUUUUUGCAAAUCGACAUUUGCUCCGAUUCCACAGUAAAGAGCGGGUUUUCCUGGGGAAAGUGGCAGAACAAAUGGAAAACCUCUCAGACCAUGCUUUCUAGGCACAGGGCAAGCAAAAGUGUGGGCAAGCCCUAAAGGGCUUGGAAAGGCUAGCAGUCAGCACACAGACCCCAUAGAAAUAAAGUAAUAACCCUCAGGUUAGAUGCCUGUAGCUGCUCCUGGGCAGCUGACCUACCUUCUACUUUCUGCUGGGAUUCCAGGUCUCUUUGAUGGAAGGCUCUUUGUACUUCAUGUUUAGCAUCUAUACUACUGUGACAGUUUUUUCUGAUUUGAAUAGUUUUCAGAACAUACCUCAAGGUGAAAUGGACCCCAAGAGAUGCUGGAAUCAAAUACAUCUUCCUUGGCACAGAGAAUUCCUUCUCUUGGGAAUGGCUUACAGUUGGUUUAGCUUAUGGGGAUGAGAUAUACUAGUGUAAGUUAGUAGGGAUCUUAGUUACGCAGCAUGUGUUCAGCUUCUGGAGGAGGUUUUGUUUGUUUGUUUGUUUAAAUGUAAUUCAUUAUCUUGCAGUGGGACACUUUAUGAUGGAAUGCCCCUGGGAGAGAUUCACCUCACUGUGCGCUAUGCAUCCCUACGGCAGUCUCUUAUCGUGCUGGUCAAUGCAUGCAGGUAACCCCUGAGAGAGCUGUUUCUCUUUGUCUUCUGUGAUUGAUAAUUGUUUAGGGCUUGAUUUUUGGUAUGCACAAUUUUCUGCUGUAGGCACAACCAGGAUGUGCUACAUAGGUGUGCUCACAUUUACAAACAUCCUGUUACAUCCUUCUGAUACGGAGUGGAUCACAUGCAGCUACGAACAUGGUCUUGCUGGCUGUCUUACCAGUCUGCCACCCAUUGACGCCAGCCCAGGUCCAACCACUUCAUUUGGUACUGGGUCUUUAUUGUAGACCGCAUGCUUUGUACUGAAGUGACAAGCCUGGCUGUGCCCAAUAACUGCCUGGCUUCAAGCACUGUAUUAGCAGCAGCCCUAUCUACAGAAAAGCUUGGGAGGCACAAAGAUUCCUCUUACUCCUUAAUCUGCUUUUCUCACAACUUCUUCAGAUGCAGGAAAAACAAGUGUGGGCACACCCAUACACACAAUCCUAACACACUAUAAAUAAACCAUUUUCCCACCUGUUAAUCCUAAGGAUGGUAUCUCAUUUCCCAAAAGGAAUUUAACGCCCUGCUCUCAGCAAGGAGCACAUCCCUAUGUCCGCAUCUACUUACUCCCAGACAAAAGAUGGGUAAUGCGAAGAAGAACUACCGUCAAGAAAAGAACUCUGAAUCCUCAUUACGAUGAAAAGUAAGUAAAACCUGGAAGGAAUUUUCUUGUCAAGACCCUGUGUGUUUUACCUGCUAUUUAUUUGCCAGAAAUGUGCAGUUGCACCCAAGCCUUUAAAUAUGUCAUUGGCUAAAGUUAUGCCUUUACUGGGAGAACUGGAUGUGGCAGUCUGUCAUCGUUUGGGUGAAAAUGUUGUAAGUGAAGAGCAGUUUCUUAUAUCUUGUUUCCCUGUUUGGUUUUGCUCACUUUUUCGAAGCUUUUGUUACAUCUGUUAUAGGAAGGUGCUUUAAAAAUUUUGUAGAUCUUCUGAUGUGGUAUAUAGAACCUGUGUAUACAGUAUCUGAAAUAACCAGAAUUUUGUUAUUUUGUUACUUUACGUGCAAAGAGUAGCCUCCAAAAUCCUGCACAUCACAAUUUUUAAGUGAACAUUAAUCUGACCCUGGCUUGGAUCCCAGCUAGCCAUCUGUGAACAGAAGGGCUACUUUCAUUCAUGGGCAGGACUGGGAUUCAGCAGAGGAUUAUUUCAGGAAUAAGGCAAAUUUUAUUUCUCCCAGCUCCCUCUCCUGCUGCUCUAGAGGGAUCCCCUUUAACCCUCCAGAGCAGAUCUGCGACAGAGCACAAAGAAUCUGAAAAAUGUAUUUCUAUCCUGCACACAAUUAAAAGUGCAUCAUUUAAAAACAUUCCUACAAGUGGAAACCUCAUUAGGAUCCAAACCAAAUGACCUCUGUCAUCUAAUAUUAAAGCAAGGCUGCUCAGCCCGAACAGAGAAAAUAUGAACCCUCCUCUGUAUAUCAGCUUCCCUCUUCUGCGAAAGGCUUGCUUUCAUGAUCCUGAAUGCUUAAUGGGUAAGCAACGUCUGCUGAAAGCAGAGGAUAAAUUGAUCUGCCUUAGGCUUUUGUCAGAAGACUGUCACUGUGCAGACUGAGCUAUGUCCAUGGCCCCUGAGCAGCUGGGUAUCUUCAGCUCUGAGCAUGAGAUUACAGCACACUCAGCAGGAAAAGGUCAUCUGUCUAGAGUUGGGAUGGGGAACCUUUAGCCCUCCAGCUGUUGCUGAACUACAUUUCCCAUCACCCCUGACCAUGCUGCCUGGGACUAAUGGGCCUUGGGAGUCCAGCAAGUGAAAAGCCAUAGGUUCUGCACACCUGAUUUAGAGGUAACAAGGAGAUGGUUCACUGAGUGCCUCUGAAAUGGAGUAAUCUUUCUGUUUUGCAUGAAGUACCCAGAAGGGUCAAAGGUAGCACUGGCCUGCAGUGUGUACACGCACACACAUACACACACACGGUCUUAAUGUUUCAGUUUGUGGGUAAAAAGUGGAAAUCUGAGAUUCUAGUACCAUACCCCCAAAUUGUGGUCUCUGAAAUAGAGGAUGAAGGUGGUUUCAGAUCAACCUGGGCUUCAGAAAACAUAAUGCUUUUGUAAUUGUUAUCUAUUUUUAAAAAUCAUUAAAACAUUUUUUUUUAAAAUCAUGAUUCCCACUGUGCAAAGACCAGUGAGCGAAAUGGUUAUUUAGUUUUUCGUAAAAUUUAUAUACCACUUGAUUGUGUGGUCAAACUGUCUCAUCCGUUCAUCUAAUCUCAAUGAUGCAAACAUUUGGAGGCUAAGAAUGUCUUGCUUAUCAGAAGCAGUGUUUUCAAUUAAUUUGCAAAGCUUUAACCUCUUUGUCGUAUUGUGUUCCAUGCCUAUUCAGCAUAAACGCAUUUCCUGUCUCUACUUCUAGGUUUGAAUUUUUUGACACUCUGGAAGACAUCAAGAAACGAGCCUUAGACAUUGCAGUGAAAAACAGACGGCGAUUUAUUUCACAUGAAAGGAAGGAGCUUGGAAAGGUAUGGCACUGCUUUCAAAAGUUAAGACCAUGAGGGCAAAUAAGCUGGUGAAAUUGAUUGCAUGGCAGAAAGAUUAAAUAUACUUCCAGUUGUGCCAUGAUACCCCCUUUCUCACAUCUUCUACUGCGUUCUUAGGAGAGAAAUCUCCUGUACCCAACUAAUCAAGCAUUUGCUGCUAUAUUCAAAAUUCUGGUGCUGUCCCAACAUCCUCUCUGCAUUAAAGAGCACACCUGCAUUCCAAGGAUGGUUAUAACUCAAUAAAAACUUGCUUGCAGGUUCUAUGCCUGGUAAUCAUCUCUACUUAUUUUUGAACCAUUUAUCUGUAAUUCAGACAGUUAAUGAAAAUAUUCAAGCAAGUUAUUUGAAAUAUCUCUUAAUUUUUAAUUUGUUUGUUUUGAAGGUGCUGAUUGACUUGUCAAAGGAAGACUUAGUCAGGGGCUUCUCCCAAUGGUAUGUUUACAUUUACAGCUUAUAAGAACAUAACAACAAAAAAAAGUUAUAUAGGUUUUAGUUAUAACCUUUUGAUGCCCUAAUAUAUGUGGUAGUUUCAAUGCCUGAACAGUUCCUACAAUUGUUAUGGAUUGCUGUUGUUUUUAGAACAAAACUUUUUCCUAAGAGGGAUCACCUCUAGUCUAACCUUACUAGAAAAAUCAGCUUCAGAAAGUGGCGGCGGCGGGGGGGAGUGUCUGUCCAGCAAUUUUUGUAAUGCAAUUCUGUUCGUUCUUCUGUAGGUAUCAGCUGACAAGAAAUGGACAGCCUGGACAGCAGCCCCAAAGUUGAUACUUGUUGCCUGAUGAAUAGCUGAAGCAAGUGUACAUAUGUAUAUUUUGAACUUUUUAAUUACAAAAUAGCUUUGUAAUUUUUUAUUUAUCUUCAUCACAUUGUUUAAUACACUUCUAUAAAAUAUUUAUUCAAGAUGCACUGUUUUGGCAAUAGUUCUGCGGUCACUUGCGAUGGCAGUACUGCUGGCAAUAAUACACAGUUAAAAUGAACAAUCCUAUGCAUGCCUGUGGCAUGCAUUGGGUCUUCAGUCUAGGAAAUGCUUCCAGGUUGUAGUGCAGUACAGUGCUAGCACACCUCACCUGGAGCUCUAGCAGAGAGGCAACUGCUGAAUGAAACAGGUGGUACUUCAAGACCACCACCUCUGAGUAUAUUUGAUUGAGAAGCAGAGAUCUCAGGAACCUUCCGUAAUAACAGAGGGCUAUAUAAAACUUUCACACUGAUUAUAUACUGUUUUGAUAAGAAUAUGUCACUAUUUGCCCUCCACCCUCUUCCUGAGAUGGAGGCAGCAGGGGGUAUGUGUGUGAUGACUCUUACUUCAGUGCCAGCUUUUUUUUUAGCCAGUGCAGGGAUGACUGGAAAACUGUUUUGCAGCUAAAGUCUUCUGGUUCACAACCAAAGUGCAUUCUGAACCCCUACAAUCUUAAAUUAUAUUUAUUAUGCCAAAGAUGCAUGUGUUUUCUGAAAUUAAACUGAGUACAAAACUGAUUUUAAUAAAGAAACUUAAACGCU